AUGUCUGGGCGUCAUGUGGGCCGUUCUAACACUUACAGCCGUCCAAUCCAUCCCAACAAUGUGUCCUUUCCACCCCGGACUUCCGGCUGGAUCCACUGCCCCAGCCUCAAUGGGACCAACAGUCUCAAGCGCACCGGCACACCAAGUGGCUCCGAGUUCAGCAGUUGCAGCAGCUCCUCAGAGUGCAAGUCUCGCCUCAGCUCUCCCAAAUUCCCAUUGGGAAGGAUCUGCAUGGGCCGGCCCUACAAUUCCAAGUGUGUGGAGACAAGUCAUCUGGCCAACCGCCCCAAGGUGGCCAGAAAGCCGGCCAGCCGUGGCAGCCCCAACUGCCUGCUUUGUACAGAUCGAGCAUGUAGCCCGUCCAACCCCACUUUCCUGGACCAACUCAUCAAAGGCAUUAACUAUCUUGACCGGUCCACCAAUUCCUUCUACACCCUCUGCCCCAAAACAGCAUUGAGCCUACCAAGGCUUGCAGCCAAUUACCUGGAACGAGCCACCAACUCCCUCCACAUGGACCAACUGGACCACUCUUCCCAACACACUUACUCCAAUCCCAGCACCAUCAUGGCCACCCACAACCAGACCAGCACUUCCAUGCUGCCAUCAAGCAGCAGGGCUAGGGCUGGUACUCUACAGUACAUGGACGAUGCCACCAAUGUGGGUUACACACGCCGGCUCAAUAGCCAAAGCCCCUCUCCCAUGCUCUUGCAGAAGCCGGUGCUGAAGUUGCCUGAGCUCCCCUUGUUUGGCAAUGGGAUUUUUUCCCUAGGUCGUCUGCCCAAGUUGUGGGAGGCAAUCCGUUCAGGUUGGAGUGUCCCUGAACCCAUCUCCAAACCUUCUAAUUGGUGGUGA